AGUCGAAGUUCUACUUUCGAGCAAAAUUCAGUUAAAAAAUAAGCAAAUAUGGACAGACCUGAACAGCCCAGCACCAGGUUGUCUUGCAUUCUGCAAUUUCUUUCUUUUCUUCUGGUCGCGGCAUUUUUAUACUAUCUAAUGUCGAAGAACACGAUGAAGAACUCAGGAUUGUCUGACCUCCGGCAGGAAGUGAAAGAGCUAUCGAAAAUGAUACACGGCACCACGGGCACUGGUCCUCCAGGAAUUAACACGGUUUCUGGUCCCGCUCCACAGUCCGAUCAGAAAUCAAUCGGCCCUGCGCUAACCAAAUGCGAUUCCGAUGUGUUACGAAAGGUUGACGGCCUCAUAGAAGAUGUGAAAACACUAAAGCAGGAAUGCAAUCAAAUGAAUUCAAUGCAACAAAAUGGAAUUGAUUAUAGAAACUUUGCACCAAAUGCAAACUUGAUGCAAAAUCCAAAUGGAAUGCCAACUACAAAUGGAGUCCAAGGCUCAAACUCAGAACAAUAUCCCAGUACAAUUCAAAGUCCAAGGUUGAACCAGGAUUCAAACUCAAACUAUGGGCCAAACUCUUACCAACAUCCAAAUGGAAUUAAUAGUCAAUAUUCCCAUCAAGAUCCCAACUCUUACCAAGAUUUAAGUGGAAUUAAUAGUCAAUAUUCAAACCAAUAUCCAAAUUCAGGCCAAGAUCCAAGAUCCAACCAACAUCCAGGCACAAUUCACAGCUCAAGUUCAUUGCAAAAUGACCAAACUUACUGUAACCGUUUAAACUUCGCCUCAGAUAAGUUGGGGGCCAGAGUGGUCUCGGUCAGAGCCCUACCCAUUGAAAGGAGCUCCUUAUUGAAGCGGCUUCUAGCACUGGACUUUAGCUCCAAUCCGCCUGUGAAUAUGCUUCAGUCGAGUCUGGCACCCGGCGCCUGUUUUGGAUACCGCGGAAAUCAGUCAACAGUGACCAUCCAUCUGGCCAAUGCCAUCAUCGUCGAGACGAUUACCCUGAGCCACACGUCCAAGGAUAUUAUUCCCAGCAACAGUGCGAGUGCACCCAAAGAUUUUGAGGUUUUCGGCAUGAAAAAGGGUUCCUCCAAGCGAGAACUAUUGGGACAAUUUACCUACAAUAAUGAUGCCCUCAGACGCACUGAGAUCUACAACGUGGACAGCCGCAGCGUUUUUCAACUUUUGGUUUUCGAUUUCUACUCAAAUCAUGGCUCCGAUUGUACUUGCAUUUAUCGGUUGGAGGUCUAUGGAUAUGUACCUGAUCCUGAAUCGGAAGGGAAUACACAGGUGGAUGAUGCCGGGAAGGAAGUUAGCUGCGGCAAAGGAUUCUGCGGAGAGGGUGAGAUAUGCGAACAAGCUGGCUGCAGUCACAGGAACAAUACUGGAGAUGGAGAUUCUUUUGGCAGUGAAGAAGAUAUCAGCGGACCAACUAAUGUGAGCGGUGCAGAAGAUCCAGGAGAACCAGAAGAUGCCCUUGUAGAGAAUAAUGCCUCCGAAAGUGGAGAGGAUGUCAGCGGUCAAGGAGACCAGGACAGGGGACAGAUCUGCGGUCUAAAUGGAGCAGCUUGCAAAGGCUCUGGCUGCAUACCAUGCCACACAGAACUUUAAUUUUGUGUUCUUUGAGAUUUAAGUUUUGAUUA